AUGGAACCUAGACUUCCACAAUACACUUUAUUUUUUAUUACAAUAAAUAGUUUAUUGAAUGAAAAGGUAAUAAAUAAACAACAAAAAACUGAAUUAGAAUAAGGGAUUUUAAAAAAAGAGAAAAAUAUUAUGGAGAUUGUUAGCAAAUAUGGAAACAAAGACAUGUAAAAUAAAAAAAGAGUAUGAAUAAUAGGGAAUAAAAAUUUCGUGAAUAAUUAGUUUAGUACGCUAAUCAUAAAUAAAAAGAUGUCUUUGUACCUCAUAUCAAGCAUUUAGAAAAAAAUAAAAGUACAAAAUUUAGUGUAAGUGCUCGUCAAAUUUCUUUUUAACAAGAUGACCUACUAAUUGAAAGCAAAUAAGAAGUAUAAUUUUUGUUAAAAUAAAGUCGUUAUCACCAUUUAUUUUGCAACUAAUUGAAUAACUUGACACAAUGCUAUCGAUACAUAUGACAAAUGGAGGAAAAUUUGUUUAAACAGAUGUUGAGAGAUUAACUUAAUUAAGAGAUUAAAUUAACAAAUAUUUAGGGAUUUAAUAUGAGUAGGAAUUAGACAAUGAUUCCCCUGUAAGAUGCAGAAACAUUAGUGUUUGUGGAAGAGUAAUAUCAGAGUAAUAAGAUGAUAAAUCAGAUUUAGUUGAUACUAGUGUUCAGUUAAAAAGUAAAUAUCAUUUACAAAUAAUCGAAUAAAUUAAAUAAACUUAUGUUUAAUUAAAAGUAUAUACAUGAUUCUUAUAGUAGAGUUUAUUUUUGGGUAGUUUACAUACUCAUUAUUUAUUAAUGUAGGAAGAACUUUCAUACAAUAAUUUAGUGAAUGUAGUUAAAUCAAUAAUAAAAGAAUUGACAGAUUCAGAUGAAAUUUACUUUUUAAUAAAAAGAAAUGAAGAGUGGGAUUUUUAUUCUACAGAGAAAGACUCAAUAAGAUAGAUAGAGAAAAAUAAGUAAUAAGUAUUCUUUGAAAAUUUUUCACAUUUGAAACCAAAUAUAGUUUAUAACUUUUAAAAUAAUGAGUAGCAAACAAAGUAAUUAUAAUAAGUAUUGGAUUUGAAUUCUUAAUUUACAGAGCUAUCAAUUAUAAGAUUUAUAAAUCAGAAUAAAUAAGAGACGUUUUUCUUUUUUUAUUGGAAUAAGCCUGGGAGAAAUAAAUUGUUAAGAAGAUUUAUAAAGUAUAGCAUUUGAUUAAUAAAAAGUGAAGCAAACGAAUAUAGAUUCAAAGAUGAAGUUUUAUCGUUAAUGAAUUUUUUGAUAGAUGUAAUUCUGUAGGCAAGAGUGCAAUAUUUUAAUCCAGUGUAAUUUGCAGAUUAGAUUUUGGAUAUAGCUUUGAGUUUUGUGGAAUCAUCAUAAUAUAUAUUAAUUGAUGAAAUGUUUAGGGCUUUGAAUCCAUAUUUUAAAAUAAAAAAAGAUUAUGCAUUUUCAGAAGAUGGAAGAUAAAAAGUAGAGACUGACACUUCUGUAAGAAUAGAGAUGGAGUGUCGUAAUCCAAUAGCAUUGAUUUUAGAGGAAUUUUAUUUAAAUAGACAGGAUCAUCUAUAUAUUUAUACAGAGAUAUUGAAAUUGAAAUCUAAGUAUUAAAGACAUUUAAGAUUGUGUCAUGAGAAAACAGCAUAUUAUAAGUAUUUUUUAAGAUCUUCAGAUACAAUUUUAUUUGAUUUUGAUAAAAAUGGUAGACUUUUAUUUUUGAAUCAUUACAUAUGGGAAACUUUGAAAUAGAAAUAUAAUAUAAUAUUUUCACCUGAAAAAAGGACUCCGAAUUAUAAAGAGUUGUUUACAGAUGAAAGGAUAUUAAAAUAUAUAGAUCUAGAUGAAUUUAUGAUGAAGAAGAAAAAUGAGUAUAUUUAGCAUGAAGAUUUUGAGAUAUUUUUAAAAGUGGUAGAUCAUGUAUAUAAAGGUUUUGUGAUUAUAUUUCAUUUACAAGAGGGGUCGAGAAUGAAAGAUUAUAUAAAGAAUUUGAAAAAUGAAGAGUAAUUAGAGGAUGAAAUAAAAUAGUCAAUUUAAAGAUCAUAUAAUAAACAUCAAACAUUCAAAUUUAUAUCUCAAUUAUAAAAAUCAAAUCCUAGUGUAAAGAAUUCUUAUAUAUCUUUAUUUAUUCCAGAAGAGUAAUCUUUGGAUAGUUAGGAAUAAUUACAAUAAUCAAAUAGUUCUUUAUAAGUAAAUAGAAACAAGAAACCUAGAUUGAGUAUUUCAAUGUUAGGGAAAACAAUAAAAGCUUUUAAUUAUUUAGGAUCUAAAAUGCGUAUAAAGUCAAUAGAAUCAGCAUUGGAGAUAGAGGAAGAUGAUGAUUUAGACACAUUGUAUGAAGAUUAGACAAUUGAUAAAUUUGAAUUUAAUAUCUUUUCUGUAAUUAUAUAAGAUUUAUAGAUGAAUAGUAUAAGGAUAAUAUGAAAGCGAAAUUAGUAUAUCAUAUUAUAAAGAAGAAUGAUUGGAUUGAUAAUUAUGAUAUGAAUGAGGAAGUGUUGAUGAAAUUUAUAAAAGAAGUUGAGAGAAAAUACAAUAAAAGAAAGAACCCUUUUCAUAAUUUUGAUCAUGGUAUAACUGUAAUGCAUAGUUGUCAUUUAUUAUGUUGUUUACCAAGAGCACAUUAGUAUUUAAGUGAGAUAGUUCAUUUUGCAACUGUGAUUUCAGGAUUAUGUCAUGAUAUUUCUCAUACAGGAAGAACAAAUUAAUUUGAAAUAAAUAGUAAAAGUAAAUUAGCUACAAGAUAUUUGGAUAAGAGUGUAAUGAAAUUAGAAUUUAUUAUUAUAGCCUUUAGAAAAUCAUCAUGCAGCAGUAACAUUGAGAUUAUUUAAUUAAGAUAAAUAUAAUAUAUUAUCUGGAUUGAGUGUUGAGGAUCUAUCAACUUUCAGAUAAACACUGAUUGAAAAUAUAUUAUUUACAGAUAUUAAAUAACAUUUUGGAUUAAUUAAAGAUUUUGAAUAGAGAGUUAAAGAAAGUAAAGAGAAUUAAGAUAAGAUGUUUGGUAAGGUUGAUGGUGAUGUUAAAUUAUUUACAGGAAUGAUUGUUCAUACUUCUGAUUUUAGUGGGGCUGCAAAAGUAUUUGAAUUAUCUAAAGCUUGGACAGAAAAAGUAAAUAUGGAAUUCAAAGCAUAAUUUGAUGAAGAAGGAACUCGUAAGAUUACUUAAACACCUUUUAUGAAAGAUUUAGAUAAAUAAGAAAUAAUGGCAAAAAAUGAAAUGGGAUUUUUUAAAGUUAUUGUGAGACCGUUAUGGGCAAGUUUGAAUGAGUUUUACGUAUUUUUACAAAUUUGAAUAUUUUAGGAUAAACAAUUGUAGGAUAUUAUUGAUAAUGUAGAGAACACCAUAAUUGAAUGGGAGAAGAUUUAUCACACAUAUAAUGAAUAAGAAAAAUAAAGUUGA